AUGUUUUCUCCAGCAUCGAAAAGCAGCCAGACAACCACCGUUUCUACAAUAGCUUCCCAAGCCCAAAAAAUUCAAGCAAAACCCCCAAAUUGGGCAUACUAUCUCAUAACUGGCGACUACCAAGAUUUAGACUAUGACCUGGAGCUACUAAAGAAAAGCGACCUGAAUCUCCUUCAGUGGCAUCGACUACGGGAUAUUCUGCACAGGAGCUCCAUGCAGUCCCCGAAUAACUGGCCAUAUCACACAAUUCGCGAUGUAUCUCCCCUCCUUCUAAGCACUGAAGAAGACCUCUGUGAAGUGGUCCAGGAAGAGAUAGCCAUUCAACAGACAGAUACCGGCUCCCUCAAAUCUGAAGGUUCAACUCGUCUCGAUUACCUGCAAGAAAAAUACUGGGAAUUGUCACAAAAAUGGUGGCGCUGGCGCUUUGCCCUAGAGCCCGGCGCCCAAGAGCGCGCCUUCGAGUUAUGGCGGUCUCAUCCGAGAUGGUACAUGCAUCGUGAGUUGAUCAAGGAAUGCACCAGCCGUCAAGGUUGUUGUUCGCGUGAUUGUGGCUGUUGUGUGAGCCGCAAGAUCGAUGAAUCCCGCCAUCUAGGUGUUGGACACUGCACAUUAGAAUGUGCAUGCUGUGAGAGGGCUCGGGGUUUCAAGAUUUCAAGCAAAACGAAGGAAAGAGUGAAGAAGAUGUACCAAAUCGAAUAUUCUGCUGAAAAAUCUGCUAUUUUGGACUAUCGUUCGCUGAAGAUUAUCCGACUUUCCAUGUUUGGCAUUACCGGAGGCAAUUGGAAGAACCCAUUUCAUAUGAUCGAAGAUGUCCCCCCAGGCUAUGACCAGAUAUCGAAGAACGCACAGUGA